AUGGAUGGAUAUAUACCAAUUCUAAAUCAAGAUCAAAUCACCCCUGAACGCGACCGUCACUCGCAACGUGAACGCGAUAGACUCAAUCGACUUCAGAUGACAUCUCCUACAAGGCGCAAUCGUUGCCAUGCUGCCCAUGAUGAUCAGAAUAGGCCUCCGCCUCCUGUACCCCAGCCUAAUUUUGUGCCGGCUAAUGAACCCCAAGCAGGGCCUGUUCCACAACCUCCUCUCUACUUUCGAUAUCCACCGCUACCAGUUGAGCAGUAUCCUGGCUUGCCACGAAAUGCGAUUGCACAUGUGCAGCGUGCUCAUCAUCAUCCUCCAGUGGAUUAUAAUGCACGCUUAAAUGAGCAAAUGAAUGCAGCUCAUAAUGAUAGAUGCCGUCGACAUAAUAUUUGUCAGCAACAGGACAGAGAUGAGAUAAGACAGCAGGCACAGGCAGAACUUAUGCAGCCUCCACAGGUGCUUCCAAUUCAUAACCAGCACAUUCAACCUGCUCCUCCUGCUCCUCCUGUGUAUGGCCCUAUUCAUUAUGAGGGUGCUCACAACUUUGACAAUCCCCUGCACUACUUUGCGCCUAAUCAUGCACCACCUAUGCCCAUGCUACCAGAACCAGAUUAUCAGCAGUUUAAUCUUCAAUUUCAAAAUCAUAUCAAUGCAGAGCAAAGGGAACACGAGCGCAUUAGAAAUGACUUGCUUCAAAGGCAAGCACAGGAGGAAUUCCGUCGAAAUCAAGUGCAGCUACAAUUGCAGCAGCAAGAGGCUGAGAGGGUCCGUAGACAGGCUCAAUUGCAGCAGGAGGAGGCUCUUUACCUCCAGCAGCAAGAAGCUGAAAGGAUCCAAAGACAGGCUCAAUUGCAGCAGCAAGAAGCUGAGAGGAUCCAGAGACAGGCUCAAUUGCAGCAGCAUGAGGUUCUUCGCUUGCAGCAACAAGAAGCUGAGAGAAUUCAAAGACAGGCUCAAUUGCAGCAGCAUGAGACAGGCUCAAUUGCAGCAGCAGGAGGCUCUUCACCUACAGCAGCAGCAAGCUCUUCACCUGCAGCAACGGCAAGCUGA